AUGUCUUCUGCUCCUCAUCUCUGGCUCCGUGCUGAAACCAAGCCCAUGGAACAUCGUGCUGCCUUGACCCCUUCUACGGCCAAGGAGCUUUUGGAUGCUGGUUUUAAAAUCACUGUUGAGCGUUCUGAUCAACGUAUCUUUGACGAUGAAGAAUACGCAAAGGUGGGCUGUCCUUUGGUGGAUACAUUGAGCUGGAAGACCGAUGCACCUGCCGAUGCCUACAUUGUGGGUCUCAAGGAGUUGCCUGAGAACGAUGAUUCUCCUCUUCACCAUACACACAUUUUCUUUGCCCAUUGUUUCAAGAACCAAGGUGGCUGGAAGGAAUUGCUUCACCGAUUUGAUGCCGGUAACGGUACCAUUUUGGAUCUCGAGUUUUUGAAUGACGCAAACGGUCGUCGUGUCGCAGCUUUUGGUUACAUGGCUGGUUUUGCUGGCUCUGCUGUUGGUAUUGACAUGUGGUGCCAUCAAAAGCUCAAGUUGCCUUAUGGUGCUCUCAAGCCUUAUCCCAAUGAAGAUGCUCUCAUUGAUUAUAUCAAGGGUCGCUUGGCCGAGGCUGCCAAAGUCAAUGAUGGCAAGUUACCCAAGGUUAUGGUGAUGGGUGCAUUGGGUCGUUGUGGUACCGGUGCUUGCGAUUUUGCUCGUAAGGCUGGUAUUCCUGAAGAAAACAUUAUCAAGUGGGAUAUCAAUGAAACCAAGGGUGGUGGUCCUUUCCCUCAAAUCUUGGAAGCUGAUAUCUUUGUCAACUGCAUUUAUUUGACUGCCAAGAUUCCUCCCUUCAUCACUCGCGAAAUGUUGGAUGGCCCUCGUAACCUUUCUGUUGUUUGCGACGUGUCCUGUGACACCACCAAUCCAAACAACCCUAUUCCUAUCUAUUCCAUCAACACCACAUUCAAGGAACCUGCCGUUGCCGUGGAAACCAGCAAUCCCUUGCCUAUGGAAGUCUGCUCUAUUGAUCAUUUGCCCACUUUGCUUCCUCGUGAAUCAUCUGAUAUGUUCUCUCAUGAUCUUUUGCCCACCAUGCGUGAAUUGGCUACUCGCAGCGAAUCUCGUGUCUGGAAUGAUGCUGAAAAGCUCUUCCGUGAGAAGCUUGAAGCCGCCCGUAACGCUUAA